CCUGAAGGCCUUGAUCACAGAGCCAUUCAGUCUUCCUUUUGCUUGUGAACUCUGCUCCAUAAGAAUCGUCAAUCCAAUAAUUACGAUACAAGCCCAGCAUGACUUCUCCAUCUUACGUGGGACUUUCCGAACCCUUCGCCAUUUUGACACCCAGACUCAUAGUCAUUCCCACGCCGAUCGCAGUACAUGUAGCACCUUAUCGGGCACUGUACGCUGCAUUGCACGCAGACGCUGGAUUCUGCCGAAUGGGCUUCGGCGAGAGCUUUCCCGUCAAAAACUGGAAUGACGAUGAAACGCGCGACACUAUUGAAACGCGCGAUAUCAGGCGUUCGUGGCAGAAACAUGGCUUGGGGGACUUUGCCGUGGGGCUUCGUCCGCAACUCAGAUCUGGAGGUCUGGGGGCGAGCUCCGAGAGAGGCUCUAGUUCUCCCGUGUCAAUGCUGCGAGGACAAGAGUUUGAACAGUUCGUGGGUCCAAAUGGGACACGGCUGAAUGCGAUUCAGUGGGUGGGUUAUUCGGGAGUCCGUGAUGCGACGACGACGUCGCUUCCCCCGCAAGAAGCUGGAGAUGCGCCCUAUCCAGACUGGCUUGAAAUGGUCGAAAUUCGAUACGGGGUUGCACCAGCAUUUUGGGGAAAGGGCAUCGCUCAAGAAGCGUCGAAUGCGAUCAUGCAAUGGGCCAUUCGUGAGAAGGGAGUGAAGAGAUUCAUCGCCGAGACCGAGCGGGAUAAUCAACGCAGUGGUCGGCUUCUCCAAAAGCUCGGAUAUGUUCACAGCGGAACAAACUAUUGGAAAGAGCGCCAGGAAGUGGAGUGGGAGAUGGUUGUCGGGCAAGAGUGAGAACGACUGGAGCCGCUUAAUGGGUGUUUCAGCGUCGAGUUCUGUCGAUGUAAAAGAUCAUUAGCAGACGAAUAAAGAAAGCAGUGGGAUUUCUUCUGGUGCUGGGACGUAAGAAAUGUUGCAAUGUCUGGGCUGCUCGGCGCAUUAGACACGCUGUAUCCACAUUGUAAAGAGAUAUAAAGAAAAAG